AUGGCUGACCUGGAGACCUCUAUUCACGUCGGGAUUUGGUUCAUGGUUGGGGUGUCGCUUCUGGCUCUCGUUCUCCGAUGCUAUUGUCGCCUCUCCCGGCAGCGAUCGCUAUGGCUGGAUGAUUUCGUGCUUAUGGCCGCUUGGGUCAUGGUAGCCAUCAGCGGCGGCUUCAUCAGCGCUUUCGCCUCGCCCCGCUCCGGCAUCUCCAUCGCCGGCAGCGACAUGAUCAUGACCUACUUCAGCGUCUGCUCCGUCUUCUGCGGGCUCGCUUCGGCCUGGUCCAAGACUUCGUUCGCCAUCACCCUGCUGCGGCUGGAGCUCGGACGGGGCCGGUACUUCCUGUGGUGGGUCAUCGCGACGGUCAACGCGUCGUAUCUUCUCUACAUAAUCACGGCUUGGAAUAAGCCGUGCGGUGUCGUGGGGAAAGACGACCUGUAUAUCCCCGGGCCCUGCUGGAGCUCCACCGCCAAGAUGGCGGUGCCUCUGGCCGUCGUCUUAUAUUCGGCCGCGAUGGACUUCGCGCUCGUGAUCUUCCCCUGGAAGAUCGUCUGGAAGACCCAGAUGCAAAAGAAAGAGAAGAUAGGUGUCGCGCUAGCCAUGAGUUUUGGUGUGCUAGCUGGCGCCAUAGCGAUAAAAAGAGCCGUGAAUAUGACGGGGUUGGAUCCCGUUGCAUCCUUCACCUACUUUUACGGGAGAUGCAUACAAUGCGUGUACAACCUAGCGGAGCCGUCUGUAUCCAUCGUCGCACAAUCGAUACCGAAUCUGCGCGCAUUCUUCGUCCGUGAGAAAUCACCGUCCCGGCUCCCACAUCUCUCGCUCCCAAUCGCCUUCCGCAAGGGCCCGGGAACCCGGGGGGUAUCUGGCGAGGUGAGGUGGCCCUCGUUCCACACCGAUCGGGACUCGGCCAAGGACCUGCGCAACUAUGCGGCGGGGGUCAACGAUGCUGAUUGA